UGGCUCAGUUGCUGUUGUUCCCAGUCGCUUACACUUUGUCAUAAUUCCCUUACAGUUGAGUGUGGAAUAUUAGUAGCAAGGAAAUUUCACGGAUGGACUUAUUGCACAGGUGGCAACCUAUCACGGUACCACAAUUAAAUUCAUUGAGAUCCUGAGAGCAACCCAUUCUUUCACAAAUAUUUGUAGAAGCAGUCUGCAUGCCUAAAUGCUUGAUUUUAUACACCUGUGGCCAUGGAGGUGAUUGGAACACCCGAAUCCAAUGAUUUGGAGGGGUGUCCCAAUACUUUGGACUAUACAGUGUAUAU